AUGAUGGCGCCCGCCGCAGUCGCCGCCGCCGCCGUGCCGCCGCCGCCGCCGCCGGAGGUCCAGUUCGCGCAGAGGUUGGCCGCGAACGAGAAGCGGAUUCGAGACCGGGCGCUGAAAAAGCUCCGAGGCUACAUAGUUCUGAGGACCCGAAAUCCGGCAGGUGGCUUCAACCAAGAAGAAUUCCUAAAAAUAUGGAAAGGACUGUUUUACUGCCUGUGGAUGCAGGAUAAACCACUGCUGCAGGAGGAGUUAUCAAACAACAUAUCACAGCUUAUCCAUGUAAUAGAGAAUAUGGAUGCACGGCAUUUGUUCAUUCAGACUUUCUGGCAAACUAUGAACCGUGAAUGGAACGGAAUAGACAGACUGCGCCUUGAUAAAUUUUACAUGUUGAUUCGCGUGGUGCUGAGGCAGUCCUUUGAAGUGCUGAAGAGAAAUGGAUGGAAUGAAAGUUUCACUGAACCAUUUCUGCACCUGCUAAUGAAAGAGGCUAUCCACUCAGAGAGCAAUGCUCCCAUUGGGAUAAAACUGCAUUUUAUUGACAUCUACUUGGAAGAACUGGCUAAAGUUGGGGCUAAAGAGCUCAGAGCAGACCAGAAUCUCAAGUUUAUCGAACCCUUCUGCAAAACUGCUGCCAAGACCAAGGAUCGCCAUCUGCUGCAAGCCAUAAUCCACGGUAUCUUUGAAACCAUUGUGGAUCAGUGCCCAUUUGCUGUAGAAGAUUUGAUGAGGGAACUGAAAGCUAGUAGUGAUGAUGCUCAAUCAGAAGAUGAUGACUGGGAUGAUGAAGAGAAUAAGCUCGUGGCCAAAGAUAGGAGCUUGCCAAACAAACUUUCACUAGAUGGUGAAGCAGAAGAAAACCCUUUAGAAGCUGCGGAUGAUAGCAUUGGGCCUGUCCUUCAGUUUGAUUAUAACAGCAUUGCUGACAUGCUGUUUGAAUUAGCCAGCAGAAAAAACACACCAGCUUUUAAUAGAAAACAUCUCUACAAAAUGGUUAAAAAGCUCCAGGACCUUGCAGAAGGGACUUUUCCACAAGACGACUUUCCUGAAGAUGUUUCUACAGAUGAAGAUGACGAUACCUUCAGCAGGAAGAAGUGGAAGAGAAAAUCCAGCAAACCAUCAGAUAAAAGCAAGCUGGAAAAAGAAGAUAAUGCUGGAAACAGAAAAACUGAUAUGGAAGAAAAUGGUGGCAACACAGGGUUGCGAAAGAAAAAGAAGAAGAGAAAGAAGAAGUUGAGUCAAGGUACUGACACAUUCACUGCUACAGGAAAACAGAAUGAGCCAGUCGUAUUAGAAGAAUCCAAAGAGCUAAACCAGGAUGAUGAAUCAGCAAAUAUGAACAAAAGACAAAAGAGGUCUUUAGAUACAGAGGCAAAUAAAACUGUUUCUGCAGCCCUUCCUGUGGGAGGGCUUAGUGGCAGCUCAGCAAAGGAGACAUUAACAUGUUUGGUAAGCAAUAUAAAGAAAAAGCCAAAGAAGAAAAGUGGUAGCUUGUGGAAAGUUCCCAUAGAAACCGUCCAUCAAAACGGACAAGUUCCUACUAGUGCAGAUGGAAUUCUUGGCUACUCUGUUCUUGUAGAUAAUGUUAAUAAAGUGACCAAGAAGAGACAGAAAAAGGAGGUCGGGAUCAUCACUGGAAAUGGUUUUUCUGAAGAGGCCGUUAAGCAACCAGAGAAGGAAGGGUGGUCAGAAUUGCCAUCCACCGUGUUCCAAAAAGUUAAGUUGAGGAAAAAACAAAAAUUGGGUAUUUUGGAAAAGAUGAGAGGUUCGAAGAAGAAAAUAGUCAGAUUGAAAAAGAAAAGGAAAAUCAAGGAAAUCCUAAAUGCUGUAGAAGAAAAUGAACUUGAAGCUGAAAACAAGAGCAAAACCAGUGAGCCUAGUGGCUUUCCCAUUGUGCUAAAGAAAAAGAAGGCCCAGGCUGGGAAUGACUUUGUCAAAUUUGAAAAGACAACUCUGCCAAAGCCAGUAUUCUUUAGAAAAGCCAAAGGAAGCAUUACUUCCAUGCAGUUAACCAGGCUACAAUCUUCCAGUUCCAAAAAGGUCACCUUCGGACUGAAUAAGAACAUGACAGCUGAAUUUAAGAAGACGGACAAAAGUAUCUUAGUCAGCCCACAGGGAGCUUCCCGUGUGGCUUUCAAUCCUGAGCAAAAACCACCCCACGGAGUCCUGAAAUCAGCUUCUGGCUCUCCUGUUGAAACGUCUCAAAUAAAGGAAUCCACUUUAGUGCCAGCUAAGAAAAGACCAACUGCAAUGGACUUCUUCUAAGCAA